GGUUUCAUCCGUUCCGACUGAGAUCUCUGAAAUGGAUCGAUCAGCACAGGAGCUGUUCCUGAACUUCAUGGUGGUGUUGAUCACAGUUCUUCUCAUGUGGCUCCUGGUCAAACAAUACCAGGACGCAUAAAGAGCUUCUCAUCAUGUGAUGCUGAACUACACCACUAGAUGCUGAUGUUUCUGCUAACAGAAGACUGAGCUGAACUACAAAUGACGUCUGCUGAGCUGCUUUUCAGAAUGAUUUUAUAUAAAUAAUAAAUAAUAAAAUAAUAAAUAAAUGAAUGUUUACAGAUUUGAUCAUCUGGAUGUUUCAUUUGUAAACUCAAGGUAACCUUCAGAUGAAUGAAAACCUGAAACACUGUACUCAUUUUUAAGCCAUUAUUUAUUUACAGUAAAUAAACAUUUCUUUGGCAAUGCAAA